AUGGUGGAUGGAUGGUGGAUGGUGGAUGGAUGGUGGAUGGAUGGUGGAUGGAUGGAUGGUAGAUGGUGGAUGGAUGGUGGAUGGUGGAUGGAUGGUGGAUGGUGGAUGGAUGGUGGAUGGAUGGUGGAUGGAUGGAUGAUGGUGGAUGGAUGGUGGAUGGAUGGUGGAUGGUGGAUGGAUGGUGGAUGGAUGGUGGAUGAUGGAUGGAUAGAUGGUAGAUGGUGGAUGGUGGAUGGUGGAUGGUAG